AUGUACUCGCAACUAUGGAACGGCCUAGCGGUCAUUGCUACCCUUGGGAGUUGCGUCCUUGCGGAUCAUCGUCUACAUCGGCAUGUGCGAGGAAACUCAAGCGUGGAAUGGGACCACUUGAUGAUGAGAGAUGAUGAUACGACCGAAUUCGAUCCGACAGAUCUUUCUUACAUCCAGAGUAUGGCCGCUAUUGGUGACUCGUACUCGGCAGGAAUUGGUGCUGGUGAGCGCCUGGGUGCUAUUACCCAAGCGCUACAGCCGGAAAGUGUCAUAGCCGAUGUUAUCAACAACCAGAUCCCUAGCAUCAAUGGGAACCAGCAAGUGAUUAUGCUAUCUGCCGGUGGCAAUGAUGUCGAGCUCUCAAACAUCCUUAACCAGUGUAUCUUUCAAUGGGCCGUAUUGAACUCCAACCAAGUAGCCGUGACCAAGGCAGCAGCUCUUGCAGAUCCUGAUUAUACUUGGGCAGGGAGUUAUGACUGGGACUCGUUAGGUCUUGGCUGCGAUGGGCAGUUGGCUCGCACAAGAAACCUCAUUGCUGGGGAUGCCUUUAGCAAGAGCUUGGAUUCUGUUAUCGAGGCGGCCAAGGCAAAGCUAGGGUCAAAGGGUAUGAUAUAUUACACUGGGUAUGCCAAAUUUUGGGCCGAAGAUCUAUCAUCUGCGUGUGAUAGUGUUAGCUGGGCAACAUGGAUAUAUAACUCGCAGAAGCUUACGACAGAUCAUCGGAGAACAAUGAAUGAGCUUGUCGAUUCUGUCAACGCGCAAAUUUCGGCUGCAGUAGAUGGAGCCGGAUCCCAGGUCAAGUUUGUCAAUUAUGACUCCUAUGUAGGCUAUUUCAAUGGCCGCUUUUGUGAGACUGGUGUAGACGAAUCAACAGCAGAAAGCAACACAAGCUCAAUACUUGGGGAUCCUCUCGGCCGCAAUCCCUAUAAACGAAGCCAAGACAACCCCUUGAAUGGAACAUUUGAGGGCUCCGUGAACCAACUCGCGCAGAUUACACUGCUUAUGGACCCAGAUGCCACGUUGUCUGACCAGGCCUUUGUCUCGGACGCUGCUACUGUGGAUGCCACUACUGCCAUUCUUGGAGAAUCGAAGAUAUCCCUCAGUGCCGAAUCUUCGGAUCUAGAAGUUCCGAAUAUCCUACCAGACGGAUACUGGCGUGUUUUCCAUCCCCAGAUGUUGCUUCAUGAACUGAUUGCCGAGUUGGUCAUCUAUGAAAUGGUCAACUUUAACGAGCAAGAUAACGGAUACCCAGCAAUUCCAGAGCAAUUCACCUUUGACUCGUGCCCUUACUAUCCUCCAACAAACGGUUCAAAUGGGACUACAGACGGCCAGCAAAUCGCUUUAGCAUCAUACAUCAAUCCCCUCUCUGACCCAGCUGCUUGGAACCGGAUCAUUGACUAUCCAGGAGACAAGGUCACCGUUCUGGUCGCCAACAUCCUCAACGUCCCGGACACGACGGUGGAUGUGGACUGGCAGAAGGUCAUCAACCGGGCUUAUUCCGCAGGAAAACGCGUCCUCGGCUAUGUACGGACAGGAUAUCUCGGUGUGAGCCAGGAUCACUUCCAGACCCGGCUGGGUUCGAGCGACCUUGCUGACUGGUGGUACAAGUUAUACCCCGGCGUGAUUGGGGGCAUCUUCUUCGACGAGGGCUGGAACGAUUGUGGAACAGACAACCAAUAUUCAGAGCUGUAUCGUUUCAUCACCGAUACUAAGAAGCGCAAACACCCUGGCGCCUUUACCGUCCUCAACCCAGGUGCUACCAUGCCGCAGUGCUUUGAGCAUAGUGCCGACACGCUCAUGACCUUCAAAAACAGCUACGACACAUACAUGAACCACUACGUCGCCAACCCCGACUGGACCCCCAGCGACUCGCGCAAGCUCUGGCACAUUAUCUAUAACGUCCCAGCGGACAAAGCCGGAGACGUUGCCGCGCUGGCCCGCGAGCGCGGAGCCGGCCUCAUCCACAUCACCGACGACAACCUCCCCAACCCAUACGACACCCUCCCCGACGACACUUACAUGCAAACCAUUAUGAGCGCCCUUGAUGGUGGUGGACCAGCCAUUGCAGACCCUUCAGCGUAUUCAGAUCCCGGCGAUUCUGCAUCCCAGCCCAGCUCGUUAUCGGUUACCUUUUCCGACUAUUCCUCCGUGACUCUAAGCUGGGAUGCCAACUCCAAAACCCCCUACGCAUACGCCGUCUGCCGUGACGGAACCGAAGUCGUCCGUCUCCCUGGCACAAUGACCAAAGUCAUCGUCGGCAACAUCGACUCCGGAUCCUCCAUGACCUUCACCGUCCGGGCUCGAGGCACAGACGGCACCGAGACAAGCGAUUCCAACUCCGUAUCAGCCACCACCCUCAGCCUCCCCGACAACCAAGCCGUGACCAACGUCAAAUCCCUCUCAACCGCAACCUCCACCACCGUCCAAGCCGACAUCCUCGUCCCAUUCGCCUUCGUCCGCGUCUUUCUCACCGACCCCGACACCCGCUGCUCCAUGCCCUCCUGGCCCAUCAACUACAAUACCGGCAACUUCAUUUGCACCCACUACAUGGUCGAAGGCUCCGCCCUCUACCAAUACACUGGCGCCAACCUCACCGACGGCCAAACCAACUACCCCUGGACCUGGACCUCCAUCAACACGGCCCCCGUCUCCCGCAACGGCUACACCUACACCUGGACUCUCCCCAUCGGCUCCUCCACCACAGACCCAAACUACUUCGUCGUCGAAGCCCAAGGCUACAACCCCAUCACCAACGUCUUCCACCCCUGCCCCAGCACCGGCGCCUCCUGCACCGGCAAAGCUCCUUACGACUGCAAAGGCGAAACCCUCUGCAGCACCCUAAAUGUCAAAUGUAACUGCUGGGCCAACUGGGAGCAGUACGGAUGUUCAGUACAAGUGCGCGGCAAAGACCAAAACAUGAAUAACUGUCAAAUCACGGGCGAUGAGAUGUGGGAGGCAUAUCAGGAUAUCAGAAACAUCGGGGGAUGUAAGAAAUGCGGUACUAAGCAUUUUGGAAAUGGGUGUUUGGUUAGUGUGGAUUAUUAUUAUGGAUGUGAUAAUAGGGAUAAUGGGGUGAAUUCGUUGGAUACUUGA